AUGCCAGUCACCCCAACGCCAAUCCGUUGGCGAUCUGGAAACAUGAUGCAACCUGAAUUCAAUGAAGGUAGCAUGGAGAGUGCAAGCAUGGAUGAAAAUGAGGGCCAGGAACACUGGCAAACCAGAGGAUCCAGCAGGGCCCCCAGCCGGGCCCCCAGCCGGGCCAGUGAGGCCAGAAGCGGAAUCAGGCAACGAAAGAGUCUACAAAAGACAUUGAUUGGAAGGCCAAAGCAUCAAACCUCUUUACUAGAUGUGAGCAAACACGCCCAGGUGUUGGUGGGUGCUUUGGAAGCAGCCCAGAACCAACAACAAGAAAUGUUUCAAAUGGUCCAGGAACAGGUACAGGCACACCUAGCAGAGGAGCUGUCCAACUGGAGAGCAGAACAGCAGGUUCAUGAAGGACUCUAUCUAGAGCGGGUCACAAAGCUGGAACUGGAAGUUAGCAAGCUUCGCACAGAGCUCACAGAAGCCCAGAACACUAUCCAACGAAUCAAACCAAUGAAGCAAGACACACCAACAACAACCAAUGCCCAAUCAAGCCAAACGAACCAACACAAUAGCAGCAAGGUCCCCAAGAUAAGGGAAGCAACAAGCCAAAAGUCAAGGCAACAACCCACAUUUGCAGACCUAGCUACGCUGCUUUCCACUAGACCUGGAGGGCAGGAAUGGCAGGAGGUCACCAAAAAGCAGAAGAACCGGCAAAUCCAAGCAGUUGCUGCAGUUAGCCAGCCUGAUCCAACCAAGCUUAAGCCAGCCAAAGACACCCCCAAAGAGGCACGGAGAUUCCUAUUUCGCCGGGAGGGAGGCAAGGCUGCUGUCACAACCUGGCUUCUCUCGUAUCGUACCUAG